GAUCAAGCAGUCUGUUUGAUGCGGAGGUCGACAGACUCCUAUCUUGCCUUUUGUUGGAAUUGAUACAUACGGUAUAAUAGGAAUUGGGCUUCCGUCCUGCAGAUUUUGUUGGACACGUACCGAGACGACCGACCAAAGCCAUCCAUCGAUCACAGCAAUGUUUCCGUCAUAUCACCAGAGUCACUCUAACUAUCCUGCGUCGGGCGCUGGGGUCCAAAAUCCUCCUCAGAGGGUGGUUAGACGUCGCGCUGAAACCAAGGGCAUUAGCUAUGUGGCUCCCGCAGCGGCAACUUCAGCAAGUACGGCGCAGGUCCCUCAAGGGAGUCAAGGCCAGGAAAUCAAGGCAAUGAUGAGUGACAUCAACGAAGUCAGAACCAUGAUUGGAGGUCUUACCAAUCAACUGCAAGGCGUUUUAGAUACCGUUCGAAAGGUAGAGCAAAGCCAGGAGAGGUUGGAGCAAAAUCAAGAGACGUUCAAGCAAAUGCAGGAGAAAAUGAAGCAGGGCCUCACAGAACUGACGGAAAGCUUUGAAAUACAUGAUGUGGAGGUUGCACAGGAUCAGGGUGCUACUGAGCUAGGUUUUUUGUCAGGUUCAUCUCUAUUCCGAGAGACAACAAGCAUCUGAUGGUUUGGUUGUUUAGUUAGGGAAAGAGCCAGGCAUACAUUGUUGGAGGAAUUCCCCCGGACAUCAGUAGUAGUAGUGUGGGAGUAGAUCUUGUGUAUAUAGCCGCCACAACCUAUGCGUACGCCAUAAACAACCGCGCAGCCUUGGAAGCGAACCGCGCGUAAUAUGAUUGCCAAG